AUGAUAUAAUCUCAAAAUAAUUAAACCAUCAUUAUAACAUAAUCGAUUUUGGAUGAUUCAUCUGAAUUUUGGAUCAAAAGACCAUAAGCACUGUUACAAUUUCAGUUCUAAGAUAAUCUUUAGGUUGUCAAUCGAAAUAGAUUAAUAAUGAAAACAUUGUUUCUUGGAGAUCAUUAUAUUAAAUAUGGUGAAGAAGUAAAAAUAAAAAUCAAUAUGAAAGUAAUAUCUUGAUGUAAGAAAUGUGUUUCUUGAAAUUCUUUACCACCCUAGAACCUAAUAAACAGGGUUUAGAUUAAGCAAAAAUGGAGAAAAACUGGAUGUGUACGGUGAAGUAUAGAAUUGGGUUGAGGUGCUUAAAAAAUAUGCUAUACAAUCCAAUUUAUCAUAAAAAUAUAAAAUAUUGAAGAAAAUUGGAGAGGGCUGCUAAUUUCAAGUAAUACAAUUAUUCAUUUUUGAAAGGUAUUCAAGAUAAAACACAAAAUUACAGGAUUUUUAUAUGCAGUUAGAAUAUACGAUAAAGUUAAACUAAAAAGCUCUAAUUAUCUCCUUGAAUUAAUCAAAAAAUAAGUUACAAUCAUGAGAUAAGUUGAUCAUAAAAAUUUAAUUAAAUUUUACGAGAUGUUUGAAAGUUCAAAUCAUCUUUAUUUGAUAUAAGAACUAUUAGAAGGAGGCACUUUAGAUGAUAAAAUUUCUCAAACUUAUUUUAAUUAAGAAUAAAUUAUAUUUAUUGUUAAAUAAACAUUGAAUGGUUUAUAAGAACUACAUAAAAAAGGGUUUAUUCAUGGAGAUGUAACUUUAAAGUCGAUAGCUUUUAAGAAUUAAUAAGAACUUGAUUCUUUAUGUCUCAUACAUUUUUCUAAAGUUAUUUUAAUACAUGUGGCAAGAAAUAAUAAUAAAAAAAUACUUAGUUCGAGACCUUCAUUAAAACAUGAUAAAAAUUAAAUAUCUGACUUACAAUAGUUAGGAAUUAUUUUGAUAAAAUUAUUAACUGGAUAUUAAUUCAAUUAAUACAAUAUACCUAAUUGUAUGGAUGAUAUUAAAAGCCUUUUAAAUUUUUAAUAGGUAGAUAAAGAAUUAGAAGAAUUACUUAAAUAAUUAUUGCUUACUGAUUUUGAAACUUAAAUAAGUGAAACAAAUACUCCACUUGAACUCUUAAAAAGUGAUAUUUUUAAAAAAUAAUUGGAACCAAAAAACUUUAUUUUAAAAUAUUAAGCUCUUAAUGAAAAAACAAGUUUAACUCAUUUGGAUGAUGAUUCAUUAGAUGUAAAAUCAAGAGUACACACCCUACCAUUUAUUGAAAAUAGACAGAGUAGUUCAAGAAGCUUAUCAUAAAGAAAACCAAACAUAACUCCUCAUAGAAUGUCAAAGUUACACAAAUUUGAAAAAGUUCUUAAACCCCCUUCAUAAACAUUAGAAAAAAGAUCAAGCAAUUUAUACCAAUUACCUAGAAUGAGUAUUUUACCUAAAAUGAAAUAAAAAAUCUAAUGA